CGGUGUUGUAGAACUGCGGACUAGUCUGCUGUCAUAGCAACCACCACACAGCGUGUGUGAGAAACGUGCCCAAGUUGAUCACGGUUUACUUGUAAAGAACAAGUGAUUUCAUGAUGCCGAUUUCUAAAAAUCAGCCUUUCCACUCAACUUUGCAAAGCUUGCCUCUGAAGCUGCCAGAACCACCCAAGACUAAAGGAGCAACACCAAGAAUUCCUACGCUGGGUAAACAUGAGGACAAGGUCAGAAAGCUAUCUCCAUCUGAAUAUGCAUAUGAAAUGUCUCAGUCUACAGAGGAAAGAUUAGCUAACACAUGCCAGAUGUACCCACCUCGCAUUCUGGAGCUUUUAGAUAUGAGUGAGACCACACACCACAAGUUUUCUGUUGCUGAUGUGGACCAGCCUUUUUUCCAGCCUUACCCAUCUGAGAUUGUGUUCCAGAACUAUGUGGCCUCUGAGACGUAUGAAGUGCAACUGGUGUUGCGCAAUAAUGACAAGAUGCCUCACCUGGUGAAAGUGGUUGAAGAUGACUCCCUGUAUUUCACAGUGGUGAGCCCAGUAGAUGUAUCCAACAAAGUGGCCCCAGGCAUGGCAUCCACUUUCACAGUACUUUUCACCCCACAAGAGAACAAGGACUAUACCCACAGAGUAAUCUGUAUGACGGAGAGAGAGAAGUUUGAGGUGCCCAUCCGGGCAAUAGGGCCUCGUGCCAUCCUGGACUUUCCAGAUGAGCUGCACUUUUCUUUGUGUCCUGUCAAGUGUUUAACUCAGAAAACUCUCCUGGUGCGCAAUAUUGGAAAAGGCGAAGCAAAAUUUCAGCUCAGCACAGAGAAGCCAUUUUCUGUAGAACCUUCAGUGGGGAAGCUUACAGUUGGCGAGAGCAUGCAGGUGACUGUUGAUUUUUUACCCAAAACUACAGGAGACCACAGACAACAACUGCUUCUACACUACAAUACAGGAGAAGAUGUUUACAUCAGUUUGUAUGGAGCCUCCACAGAUAUCAAUGUGAGGCUGGAAAAGAACUCACUGUGGGUGGAAAAGACCUAUAUCUUCAUGGCCAAUCAGCGCACAGUGUCUAUCUUGAACAGAAGUGACUCCAUAGUGCAUUUUCAGUGGAAGGGCUUUGCCAGUGAGGAAGAAGAGGAAAAGCAUAGAAUAAGGGCCUGUUUAGAGCUGCAGCAGGAGGAAAAUAAUGAGAUGGAACAGUUUUUAACAGAGUGUGAUGCUGACCCCACUCUGCGAGACCGGCUCACAGUGCUCUCGCGCACCUUCCAGUAUAGACGCAAGCAGCUUAAUCAGGACAGCCUGGCUUUCAGUGACCAACACAUCAUCAUAGAGCCACAGGAAGGGGAUGUCUGGCCAAACUGCACAGCAGAAAUCAGCAUCAUCUUCAAACCCCAAGAAGCCAGACUUUACCAGCACACAAUUUACUGCGAUGUCACAGGCAGAGAAUCUCGUUUGCCACUGCGUAUAAAGGGAGAAGGUAUAGGACCCAAACUGCAGUUUAACUUUGAUCUACUGGACAUUGGCAAUGUUUUUAUUGGCUCCAAGCACAGCUAUGAGGUGCUUGUGGGCAAUAAGGGACUUAUCGAUGCUCCGUAUAGACUCAUGCCUCCAACUACAGCUAUGGGUUUGUGCUUUUCCUUCAUUCCUCCUGAGGGCGUUGUGCCCCCUGGGGCCUGCCAUGCUCUGGAGGUCCACUUCUCCUCUGACAAACUGGGCACCUUUUCAGAGGAAUUUUAUUUCACUGUUUUGGGGAAUCCCCAGCCUCUCAUCCUCACAUUCAGGGGGUGUGUAAUGGGUCCAACAUUUCAUUUUGAUAUUCCUGAGCUCAACUUUGGAGAGGUGUCCUUCGGUUUUCGUCACACAUUGACCUGCUUACUUACCAAUACCUCAUUGGUACCAAUGAGCUUUCACCUGCGAAUCCCCGGAGAUGGAAUGAGGAGGGACAGUGUGACCAGUACAGAACAGGUAACAGAGCUGGACAGGAAUGACUGGAAGCUUGGAGACAGUGCAUCUGAGAGGUCCCGAGAAUUCAGAGUGACACCCAGUUCAGGCACCGUCCGGGCUCAGAGCCAAAUGCACAUCGAGGUGACCUUGUGUUCCAAUACAGUGCAGCAAUACAGUCUGGCAUUGGUGGUGGAUGUGGAUGGAGUUGGGGAAGAGGUGUUAGCUCUCCCAAUUAAGGCUAACUGUGUUGUUCCUGAAGUGCACCUGGAGAGUUCUAUGCUUCAGUUCCACGACUGCUUCAUAGGUUAUCCAUAUGAGCAGCCAAUCAGGCUGAUUAAUGACACAAACCUUCCUGCCUGCUAUGGCCUCCUAUCCCAGGAGUAUGAGGAUAAUCCACCUCUACUGUACUCUACUACUCAUCCACGAGGAGUGAUCCAGCCAUACAGUACUGAGCAGAUUCCUCUGGUUCUCCAGGCUAAAACCGUGGGCAAAUUGCAGCUCACUGCUAUCAUUGCAAUUUUAGGCCAAAAGGAUUUGAUGAAGUUGCUUUUGUGCUGCAUUGGCAAGGGUCCAGCUGUUUCCCUCUCUGCCACUGAGCUACACUUUGGCAACAUCCCAGUGCUCACUGAUAUCCCAAGGACGUUGCAGUUGUUCAACCAGUCCCCCAUCCCUGCCCGGUUCUUCGCACAAAUGGCUAAGAGUAACUCUCUGUGGCGGGUGGAGCCAGCAGAAGGGGAGAUCCCGCCAGAGGGGCAACUACAACUGACAUUAGUGGCCCAUCUAGAUGAUACUCUGCCCUUUCAGGACAAAUUGCAGCUGGUCAUCCGUGACAGCCAAACCCACACAAUACCCUUGUGGGCCACAGGGAAGGGCACCACCAUCGUCACUGACCGGCCCUUUGCUCCCCAUUUGGACCUUGGAACCCACUUUAGCUCAGGUCCAUGUCAGUAUCACUUUAGGAUAAUUAAUAAAGGUCAACGGUUACACAAGCUUCUCUGGACCACUGAAGGCUUUCCCCACUUCCGCCACAGAGGCACACUAAUCACAAAACACAAAACACUCACUAUCUCUAGGGAAGACAAAUUCAAGAGUCCAGUGGCACCUUCGACUUUGGUUGAACCUGUUUUCUCUCUGACACCCGUAUGGUUGGAGCUUGGUCCAGGUCAGUCAGCUGACAUGCUGCUGGAGGCUUCUAGUGAUACACCAAAGGUGGUAAGAGAAAGGCUGGUAUGCCAUGCCUUCCUGGAGAAUCAGAAUCUGAAGGAGCAUAUCAUGACGGCAGAUAUCACAUGUCAAUUCAUUGCCCCGGUCUUGAAUAUCUCCCCUCAGCAGAUCAACUUCUAUGUAGAAAAGGUUCCAUGCAUGUCCCUCGUGCCCCUGUAUGAGAGGCUCUGUCUGAAGAAUGUCUCUAAAUUGCCGCUCUCUCUGGAGCUCACCCUGCCUGAGCCUUUUGGACUCUCUGACUGUACCAGUGAUGACUCAUUCACUUCGUCAAAGAGUCUGGUGAUGGGUAAUGAUGCUGAAGCAGAUCUGUGGGUGCGCUUUGACCCUUCGUACAAUCUGGAUUUAGUAAGCUACGUGGCUGAGGAAGUGCUGGAGGUGAGCUACAGUGAGCAUCCUCAACGGGACACUGUGACUCUACGAGGAGAGGUACACUUUCCCAACCUGCACCUUUCUAGCCAAGAGUUGGACUUUGGCUGUGUCCCCAAUGGCAGAGAGGUCCAAGAGAGGUUUAUUAUGACCAACCCCAGUCCAUUCCCCGUCUACUACAAAUGGGAAUUAGCAAAGGACCAACAACAGAUUUAUAGUAUCUGGAUCUCUAAACCUCAGCAAGAAGAAAAAGGGGUCAGUAAGAUAAUAAACACAGAUUUUGGUACUAAAACGAGAAGAGACUCAAAGAAAAGGAUGUCAACAACUGAGCUGAACGUUCUUGGACCAGGUGGGAUAUACAGCACAUCCAGCCUGGAAGAUCGAGCGACACCAAGUAGAGUGAAUAUAUUUGAACUUUCACAAAAUUCUGGAGUUCUGCAGCCUGGUGAGAGUGAGCCAGUGGUAGUCUCAUUCAUGGGUAAACAUGAUGCCAGUGUUCAAAUGCUAGCCAUGUGCCUGGUGGAGGGAGGCCCAAAAUAUGAGGUUACUCUAAAAGGAGAGGCUUCUCAGGUCACCUAUACAUUGGAUACACCUGAGAUCAACUUUGGUCCUCAGAUGUUUGACCGUGUGGCAGAAGCAGAGAUCAUUGUAAGAAACACAGGGAAGGCUGGCUUUAGCUUUAAGUUGCAGGCAGAUCAGGAUGUUUUUACUAAAGACAUCUUACCUGGACAACCGCUUAUUAUUCCCAGCAUGGGCUUCAUAAAGGGAAAUGAGGAAAUGAGAGCCUCUGUGUGUUACCCUGGAAUUCCAGAGGUUUUUAUGAAGGUGGUCCAACUACAGGUGGAAGACGUUAGGACAGAAAGCAUUAUAAUAAGGGGAGAGGGCGUCUUUCCUAGAGUGUACCUGGACCUUCCCAGAGACCUAAAUAAACAAUAUAGUUUAGUGCUGAUGGAGGCAAAGAAGGCAAUUGAGAAAGAACCCCUAAGAGAUGACAUUCUAAGCAGACCCAGUACAGAGUUUGGUGAACUUUGUGAAGAGGACCACAUUCCUAGAUAUGAUGCUCUGCUACAGAUGGAAGUUGAGAGGCUCCUAGUUAAGGAACAUUGUAUAACUACUAUCAAAUCCGAAAGCGAAUCUGCGCAAAGUGAAACGCCUGGAUCCAUUUCUAGCAUGUGGUGCAAAAAGCUCAGCAGGUUUAUUUUGCCUGAGUACUUUCUGGACUUUGGUUGUGUGAUUCACAGCACUGUGUCUACCCACAUUGUCAAAGUGACAAACACUGGGCCUCUCCCAGUGUCCUUUAGAGCUGAACGAAAGUCUCUGGCAGGCACAGGAUUUAGUACAGAGUUGGAUAGGGUGAAGAAUCUUCCCUACUGUGAGACAGAGACAUUUGAGAUGAAAUUUGAUCCACAAGGUGCAAAUCUGAAGCUUGGGGAGAUGAGCAUCGUCAUGCCUAUACAAGUGUUGGGGGGUCCUACAGUUCAAGUCCGUCUACGUGCAGUGGUCGUAAUGCCCUCCUUGAACAUCUCCACAAAAAUGUUACAGUUUGACAGUGUUCUUUGCGGCAUGUGCAAAGUGGCUUCAGUGCAGUUACACAACCCUGAGCCAGUGCCCUGCAAGUGGAGCAUCAAAGAGGAGGAGCAGAUCAAGAGGAAGCACAUCCCACUUCACCUGAAACAGAAGGUUCGAUUAGAGAAGCUGACUACUCCACUGAUUUUUGAGAUAUUGCCAUCCAGUGGCAUACUGUAUCCUGAUGACAGGGUCAACAUACAGAUCAAAUUCAGUCCAGCUGAAGAGAGAAUGUACAGAGAGAGGCUGCUGAUAGCAGUGGCUCAGAGCACCCAGCGUAUUCUACUGAUAGCCCAGGGUCAGGGACUGGAGCCACAGCUGGAGUUUUCCACCCCAAAAAUCAACCUGGGGCCUCUGCUGCCAUGCAGCAAUGGAGAGGAGGUUGAGGUGUUAGUCCGCAACCCUUGCCCUUUCCCCAUUGAGUUCUACUCACUGGAUUUUGACAAGCAGUACCUGGAAGAGGAAAAUAUCCUGCGACUGAUGAAAGGAUAUGAUGCACGUAAUAUAUUGCUGCUGCCCCCUCGAGCCCCUGGUGAGCCUCUGCCUACUGAGCUUCUGGACUACUACCAAGAAUACAAGUCUCAGAAUCUUGAACCAGCAUUCAACACUGGCUCUCAUAAAGAGGUUGAAUCUUCUGACACCGGGGAGAAGAAAAAGUGUGCAGGACGAGAGGAUACCUUAUCAAAUGUUGAACAGGGCUCUCUGGAGGAGGGUGAGGCAGGUGCAACAUCUGUACCAUCCAAAUAUAGGACCUCCACUGGUGCAGACAGGGUCAAAGACAACACCAGGACCAAAAAGAUGGGUGAUCUAGAAGUGAACCCUGUUUCUAAAGCUAUUGCCAACUACAUUGGUGUUUAUUUAUCACCAGAAGAACAAGCUCCUCACAUUUGCAGAGGCAUUGGGAUUGUAGUUCAUGGUGCUCCACUCUCAGGUAAGACAGCUUUAGCAGUGAGCUUAGCGAGGUACUACGGUGCUGCAUGUCUGAACAUAGACUCUGUGGUGCAAGAGGCUGUGACAUCUGGGACCAGCUCUGCAAGCAAGCAGGCCAGAGAGCUGUUUAGAGAUACCAUGAAGCCUGUGCCAAGCAAAGAAGAAAAUAUUGCUAUGGCUAGUCAAGCCACAGGCAUUCUCAGCGUUGAGGCAUUAGCCAAACACACUGCUGAGGGUGUUCAGGACACUGACCUCAAAGACCCUGCAUCCACUCUCUCAACAAACAAGAAGACAAACAACAAUGGAGCAAAGAAAAAUGAUGACUCCAAUCUCACUGCUUCAUUGGCUGGUCAGACUCACAGGCUCCCUAGUGAGAGUGUAAGUCAGGUGGGUGAGCUGGGAGGCAGGACCAGUUUACUGCCUGAUGAUCUUCUGGUAGAGAUACUGUCAGAGAGACUACAGCUUAGCGACUGCAACCGAGGUGUCGUGAUUGAUGGUUUGGAGACACUGUACUGCCGUUUCCCAAGCACUGCACUCCAUGUCAUCAUCAAAGCCUUCAACAAUCGCCAGCACAUCUACUUUAUCAACCUUACUGACAGCUACGCUGAAUUCAAAUCCAGAGAGAAAGCUCAACCGGAAUUGACAGAUACCAUGCAAGUAGUAGAAGAGACUGCAGGUGAAAAGCUGGAUGUGCACCAACUAGUUGAGGGUGUGUAUGAAACUGUAUUUGAGGAAGUCAAAUCAAGUGCAGACCCUCACUUGUACAUGCUAAAGGAUCUUAUCGACAGCAAGAGGACACAGGAGACAAAGGAGCAGUUGGAAAAGCAGAGAGAGGAGGAGGACAUGAAGAAAAAAAACAAGAGAGUAAAAAAGGAAGCAGAAAAUUUAACAGAAAGGAAAAGUCAACUGGGAGCUGCCCAGUCUGCACUGCCUUCUGACACUGAACAAGAACAGCAGGUCAAAGGGGGCAGAAAGCUGUCUUCUUGUAUAGAACCCAAAGACGCACUUUUAGAGGGUGUCAGAGAACUUGAUGAAGGAGGCAAAAAGAAAGCCAAAAACGGCAAAGCCAGCAAGCCAAAUGGCGAUGAUAAGUCUUUACAGCCACCGGAUGAACUGGAAAAAGAGCAGAUAACAGAGACUGAAAUGCAGCUGAUUUCCCGCUUCAAUCUGUACGAGCAGAGCGAGCCAAUAAUCCGGCACAUGCUACAGAACUGGGAUAGGACUCAGGGCCUCCUGCUUGAUUCUCCUUUGUCAGAAGGAAAUCAAGGGCCUUGGGAAGCCUCAGAACAACAUAAGAUACCCAGUAAGAAGGUCAAGAAAGAGCGGGAGAAAGAAAGAACGAAAAUAGACACUGAUUCUAAGAUGCAGUCCCCAACCCCCAGCCAGACUCACUUGAUGCCAAUUGGCAGAGAGGGUUCAGAGAAUAAGCUGGCAAUUGAGUUUAUCCCGCACAUCUGCAUCCCUAUCCACAAGAAAGAGGAGGCAAGCAUAGGCAAUCUGCUCGACAGCAUGAAGCUGCCACCAUUAGAUGAGGUUUUGAAUGGGUUAGGUCCACCUAUUCCUCCACCCAUGCUGUUCUCAGUAGUAUCAUAUCCCAAAAAGAGAGAGGUGUCCAGCUCCCAUUCCACUCCUGGCUGCUUCACUUUCUUGAUGCCCUCAUCUCUGGAAGACUCAGCUGAAGAGAAACUGGAGGUUGACUUGGAGACAGUAUCACUAAGUCCCUCUAUGUCUGCAAAAGAGGAUGCUACAACACUGUACAAAGGCAAAGGGAAGAAGGUUCCAGUGAAAGAGGAAUCAGUCAAAGGGACCCUAAAAGACAAGCAGCGAGCUCCUGCAAAAAAAGGAAGAAAAAGCAUAGACUCGCGUUCACCUCCAUUGAACACGGCCACCCCUUCAUCUGAAACUGAUCACACCAAGUCUUUGGAAGAUUGUCUUACAGAACACCGUCAGAGGCUCACCCAUUUUCGCUGGGUUGUACAGGCGGGUGGCCAAGUGACCCUGAAACUGUGGUUUCACUCAUCUGUGCCUGGUGAUUUUAAACACAAUAUGGAAUUUGAAUUGAUGGGGACCAAGCGCUGCUAUCAGCUCUAUUGCAGAGGCAUCUGUGCCUUCCCAUCCAUUAGCAAAGAUCAUAAAACUGUCUUUGGCCACUGUAAAAAGGUCAUGCAGAAAGAGAAUGGCUUAAAGAAGACAUACAUCAUCCGCUCAAGCCUGUAUGAAUUUGGGCCUCUGCCUUGUGGAAAAACAAAUGACAGGUACAAGGAAAGAAAUUGCCCAGAAAACAUAGAAAGACUAAUAAUACACAACAACUCUCCCAUGGAGGCAGAGGUUAAUUUCUUCCUCCACCAGGACACCAAAUCCUCCACAUUUAACCUGGACCCUCUGAGUAUGGUACUUAGGCCCAAUGAGAGAAAGGAGCUCAGAGUAGGAGCAUACCCGACCACCCAAGGUCUUAUAGAAGACAGUGUUGUGUGCUGUAUUAAGGAGAACCCGGAACCUGCCAUCUUCCACAUUUCUUGCAGAGGAGUGCGGCCUGAGCUGGAAUUGGAGCGCAAACAUCUUAAUUUUGAUAAGAUUUUCCUGGACAGGAAGGAGACACGCAGGUUGUGUUUGUAUAACCCUACUGCACUGGCAGUCGCCUGGAGGGUGAUUGGCUUUGAGGGGUUGGGUGAGGAGUUCAGCAUUUCCCAGGACAGUGGCAUCAUAAUGGCCCGCUCUGAGUUUUCCUUGUACAUACAUUUCCAUGCCAUGAGACCGGUUAGCCUGAAGAAAACCAUACGAUUAGAGGUGUCAGAUGUGGAGAAUAUUCUGGGUGUUGUCCAGACAGAGAACAUUAAUAUUGUGGCAGAGGCUUAUGAUGUAGCCCUGGAAAUUACAUUUCCCAAAGGUACGGACAAUUGUCUGGACUUUGGCAUCAUCAGAGUGUCAGAAGAGGUGAAGAUAUCUAUUAACUUGAAAAACAAAGGCAAACAUGACAUUGCCUACAGAUUCAUUCUGGAGCCUACUGAACCCGGAAUGCCGAACCUCGAUUCAGCCUUCACUAUUACACCUCAAAAAGGAUCUCUUCAUCCCACUGACCGACCCACAUGUGCCCAAGCCAUCUUCUGUUUCAACAAGGAGUUGUCUAUCAAACAACAACCAAUUUUACAAUGCCAGGUCCACGAACCGAAUAUUGAUAAUGAUAGAGAAACCGUUAAAAUCGUGCCCAUCAAAGUCUCUGUGCAGUGUCUCUAUUCCAAGUACAGCAUCCACCCUGCACAUGACAUUAACUUUGGCUCAGUAGUUCAUGGUUCCCGUAUCACACAGACAAUUACUUUGGAGAACAGGGGUGAAUUUCAGUUCUAUUUCACCAUCUCCAAAAUGUCGAAAAAUCUCCCAGUGUGUCAACAGAAAAAAGGCAUAGGCAAGAGAAUUUCAAGAGAGAGUAACUCUGCAAGACGAUUAUCCUCUGCCAUUAAACUACGUCAGGCUGACUCUAUCUUGAAGGACCCUGUAAGGGACAUCAUACCUUCUCAGACUCGUUUGGCUGUGGGGUUGUUCUCUUUGUCUCCAUGCGUUGGUGUCCUUCUACCCGGUGCCCAGCAGGUGGUAACUGUGGACUGUGUGGCAGAGCAGGUAGGUUGCUGGGAGGAGUGCCUGGUGGUGGACAUCACUGAUCGAGACCCUUCUGACAAUCCAGGAGGGAUUCUCUACAAGCUGUUAGCAGAGGUCUGCAUGCCAGGAAUAGCCAAUGAAGAUUUUGCUUCCAUCUUUGAAGAACACAGACUGUGCAAAAACAGUAACAUGCUCCAAUGUGAGCAGUAUCAGGAAGCCAUGGGCAUCUAUAUCCAGGAUGAGAACAAGUUUGUCUUCAACAAUGUGCUGGUCAACCAGACAGCCAAAGCUCGCUUCCGUCUUACCAACACUGGCAAAAUACCCUGUAAACUUAGUUUGCAGGUGAAAGCUGUCUUCAACAGGAUGUCCAUGCGUAGCUUGGAGGUGUUUGAGCUGAGCCCUACUAGAAUGACUAUCCCCAGUCACUCACACGCCUUUGCUACAAUUACCUUCACUCCCCAGAACAUGCAGACCUACCUUGGGGUGUUUGAAGCCUCUAUAGAAGGAGCAACUGGGAGCAAGGUGCUGGUGUUUGAUUUGGUGGGAGAGGGCAAUUUACCCUGUGUAACUAUUCUAAAACCAGUCCAGAGGACCAAACAUGGUCAACCAGUCUUGCAGUUCAAGCGACUGCUGGUGGACAAGAGACAAAUUCUUCCUCUGGUCAUCAAGAACAUUAGCAAUGUACCUGCACAGGUUAGCAUUGAUCUGCUUGACAAGAUGGGAGUCUUUAGUUUGAGGGCAGCUCCUGGAACUUUAUGCAGCGACAUCUCUUCUUCACACAUAGCCAGUGUGCCUGGAACAGAAGAAAAACAGAUGGCUCACUUGGCCUCACUAAACCUAAUGGCUAGACAGCAAGCAGAGUUUGAGGUGGAGUUUCAUCCUGAAGUACCUCAGAGUUUUGAAGCCACUUUGCAGCUUUUGGUAAAAGACAACCAGUAUGAAAAGACCCUGUUACACCUCUUAGGAGAGGGUUACCGUGACAUCAUCUCUUUGGACAAUAUCAGCAGCAAGGUUCCUCAAGACCAGGACAGCACUGAAGGAAAAUGUGAUAUUGUGAACUUUGGAGACUGUCACGUGGGUCGGCUUUAUCACAAGACUUUCACCAUGAUCAACCACAGCAACUCAGUGGCUCUGCGCUUUCAAUGGCCUCAGGAUGUACCACAACUGCAUUUCUCACCUCAAAUAGGUCACCUCCAUGCCAGUUGCUCAAAGGAGGUGACAGUAAGCUUCAGCUCAGAGCACCCCAUAGUGCUGAAUGCAGAGAUGAUGAAAUGUAAACUCUGCCAGAUAACCUUUCAGCAGUCAGUGGACCAAGUGCCAGACUGGGAUGACCGCCACAGGACUGUCAAGUGGGUGGAUGUUAAAAAUCCAGCUCAGACACCAGUCAAGAAAAAGGUGGUAGAGACCGAUACAGAGCCUGCCCAUUGUGUGGAAGAAAACUCAUAUAGGGAGCUAGAACUGAGAAUUAGUGCCACCUGUGAUUAUGCCAAGUUUAAGUGUGAUGCUAACCCGAUCCAUUUUAAAGACACCAUGCUAUUUCAAACCAGAGUCUUCCAAAUGCAGAUGGACAACAAAGGCACUGUGGAGCUUGAGUACUCCUGGCAGGUUAUAAUGGAGAACUUGAAGAAGACAUUGUGCUUAAAUCAUGGAGACUCCACCACAACUUCUGCCAAGAAGAAUCAGAUAGAUCUGAGGCCAGCCAGCAAUUUGAGGAGUUUGUCCACUCUGCUGUUAGGAGAUCCAGAGCUUCCUCCUUUCACUGUGGAGCCCAGUAUAGGGACUAUUCCGUCUGGAACCUGCCAGAUAUUUCAUAUCCGCUUCACCCCUCUAGAAGUAGCUCACUUUGAGGCCAGGCUAGUCUGCAGCAUUCCCAAUCUAAAGGACAAGCAAGGUCCUGAGAUAGUAAUGACUGGACACAGUAUGAUGCCGUACUGCCAUUUCCAGCUGGAAGAAUCAGGAUACCUUAUUGAUAACAGACGAAACUUUGGGGUGCCUGGCUCCCAGGGGUCCACACUGCAGGGUACCUUGGAUCCCAACACCAAAGUUAUAGAAUUCACAUCUACAGGGGUUGGCACAUCCAUUUGCAGGACCUUCAGUGUUGUAAAUCCCACUGAUAAACCAUACACAUUUUUGUGGAGAUGUGAAGACUCUGAGGUUAAACCCUUCACUUGCCUCACACCAAAGGAUUUAAUUCAGCCUGGCAAGAAAGUAGAGGUCUCAUUUAAAUACCAUGCCCAAGAGCUAGAUUUGGUGGAAUCGUCUUGGACCUUCUUAAUCCCAGAGCACAAUUUCUUUAUGCCCUUCCUGCUUGUAGGCAAAGCAAAAGAUCCAGUGGUUUAUAUUGAUCAUGCUCAUCUUAAUUUUGGCUGUAUACUAAUUGGUUGUGAGGCCCAUAAAACUGUGUAUGUGGUAAAUGGAGAAGAUCAGCCUUUUCACUUUGCCAUUGAGGAGGUCUCUCGGCACUCAGAGUCCUUCAGAGGCAGCCUGAAACUAAAGCCCAUGCAAGGGACAAUACCUCCCAAAGACAAGUUCCCAUUGGCAAUAUCCUUCACACCUACACAUGAGGGUGUGGUGACGUUUAACAUACGCAUGUUAAUUAGAGGAAAAUCUCAGCCACUGACCAUAAACAUCAAAGCAGAUGGAUACAACAUUAAUGUAUGUGUCCAAUAUGAAAGUCCAGAAGGGACAAUGGCUGAACUCUCUGCUGCUGAUAGUCAUCUUGUAGACUUCAAACAGGUGGAGCUGGGUGGUAAGUCCACAUGUGCCUUUGUGGUGUCCAACCCAGGGAGGUUCAAUGCUGAUGUACAGUAUGAGAUAACAGGCCCCGAAGAGCUGCAUUGCCAUCUGCAGGUGGAGCCCACUGCAGCAGUGGUGCCAGUGGGAAACCAAAGUCGCUGCAUUCUUAAAUUCUCCCCUCUGCAGAAGUGUGAACUUAAAGAUAUAAGCUUCUUAAUCAAGGUAAAGGACGGCCAAGUUUUCCAAUGCACCCUAGUGGGAUCUACCACCAGCUUGGACCUGGAGUUUUCUUUCCUCAAGUACAACUUUGGAAAGACCUUCAUUUACUCUGCUGGCAUGGUGCCUGCCACUUGCACACUGCUCAUCAGCAACAAAGAAGAAAGAGGAAUCAGGGUCAACUGUUUAUUCUCCAACACCCCUUUUCUGGAAGUGAGCUUUUUAGGUGAUAUUCUGCUCCCUAAUAGUACCAUGGAGGUGCCUAUCACGUUCUACCCCCGAGAAGCAAUUCGAUACCAUGAAAAGGUGGUCUUUGAGAUAAACCAGUGUUCCAGGCAUGUAGUGGAGCUCAUGGGGCAAGGAACUGAGAUGAAGAUCGAUGUAGAAGACCCAAAAUUAAAGACUGUGAAGCUUGGAGCUCUGCAAGUGGGCCAGAGAAGCAAGAAGCUCAUCCCCUUAAUUAACAACAGUUCAUCUCCCUUGACAUUUUCUCUCCUCUUUACACCAUUUAUUCAGGCACUAGUCAAAUCAAAGGUCCUCUCCGUGAAUCCAAGUAGGGAGGUGACAUUGAAGGGUGAAGGUGGAAAAUGUGUUGUGGAGGUACUCUUCAGCCCACAGCAACGCAUAGCCCCUUUCAGCGAGGAGGUGCAACUGAACUGUUUGGGAAGCAUGCGCCCCUUACUGGUGCUGAAAGGUUGCUGUCAGGGUGUAGAGGUCACACUGGACCAGAACUACUUGUCCUUUGGCGCUGUGGCCCAGCAUUGCCAAUCCAAACGGAAUAUUAUUCUGCAAAAUACAGGAGACAUUGGGGCUAGGUUUAAGUGGGAUGCAAAGGCUUUUGCUCCAGACUUCAGUAUCUGUCCUGCUGAAGGUUAUAUCUGCCCAGGAAUGGAGGUGCCUUUGCUGGUGACCUUUGCACCUAAGGAGGUCAAGCAGGACCUGUGUUAUGAUAACCUGUUAUGCUCUAUAGAGGAAGGCAAGCCUAUAACCCUUACUCUUGUGGGCUCCUGCAUUGUUCUCCCAGUUUCCCAUCAGGUGCUGAAUUUUAUGUGUCAAGUUCGUAGUCAGUGCACUCAGUCAGUAAAACUGUCUAAUAAUUCGAACCAGCGCUGGCACCUGAAGCCCGUGAUUGAGGGUGAAUAUUGGAGCGCUUUACUCUCCCUUGUCAUUGAGCCUUACCAACAAAAUAAAGUCUAUGAGAUCACCUAUAAACCCAUGACCAUGACCACAGAAGGCAAAAAGCACCAGGGCUCCGUGUUUUUCUCUUUCCCUGAUGGCUCGGGCACACUGUACACCCUACAGGGCACUGCAGAGCCACCUAAAGCUGUGAGCACAAUCAACCGUGAAGUACCUUCCAAAACAUCCUACACAGAAAUUGUACCUGUUCAUAACUGGUUGUCCAAACCUCAGAGAUUCCGUGCUAUAGUGGAGGUGAUUAAACCAGAACGUCCUGACAUCACAGUUUCACUGAAGGGGCUUGAUUAUGUGGAUGUGCCAGCUUUGAGUAAAUGGGACUACAAAAUCUCCUUUUACAGCUACAAGGAGUGUCACUAUAAUGCCAAACUGACCUUUAAAAAUGAAGCCACUGGGGAAUAUCAGUUCUACUACCUCAACUUCAAGGCCACACCUUCAGGAGUGAUAAGCACAAUUGAGAUGGUGGCAGUGACUAGGCAGACGACGUCAAGCUUUGUGAACUUGGAAAAUCCGUUACCCACGAACCUGUUGUUCACAACUGAGUGUCGCAGUACUGAGAUCAAUGUGCAACCUCAGUUCUCAGUGCCUGCACUCUCUAUGGAAACUUUGAAGAUUGAGUACCAGCCUCUGCGUUCAUGUGAGACUACAGCACGGCUAAUCCUGUAUAACAAUGAACUAGGUUAUUUCCCCUAUGAGCUUUUGCUUCGUGCACUUCCUGCUCCUCCUGAGAAACCCCUUUACUUCAGGGCAGCAUUGGGGAGCGGGCAAUACCUCACUGCCAAGUUCACCAGCUUCUCCCGUGUCAAGGCCGAAUACACCUGCAAGACAGACCAUCCAGACUUCAUUGUGGAAAAAAAUGUUUUCGUGUCAGCAAGCUCUCCAGCAAGCUCUGAUGUCAGUGUGGAGGUCUAUUUUGAGCCCUGCCAAUUGGGAGAGGUGCGAGGUCUACUGACUGUAUCAUCUAUCACUGGAGGGGAUUAUGUAUUCCCUCUUUAUGGAACAUGCACACCUCCCAAACCCCAGGGCCCUGUGACCAUCCGUGCUGGAUCCAACGUCUCAAUCCCGUUCAAGAAUGUCUUCAUGGAGACGACAGCUUUUUCUUGCCACGUGGACAAUCCAGCUUUCACUAUCAAGGGCAUGGACACCAUUCGCUCAAAGAAGACUCACCAAAUACUCGUGAGCUUUGAGAGCCCGCAACCAACCUCCAAGACUCCCUGCACAGGAAAACUUAUUAUCACCAGCCCACGCACAGAAGGCCAUGGCCAGGGUCUUUCCUGGGUAUAUUAUCUGAAGGGCAUAUCCCCAGAGCAGCCUCACAGAGAGAGGAUGUCAUAAAAUGCUGCCAAGGUCCAGAGAAGAAAACUUAUGCAUGUUCAUUUUCACAAAAUCAUGAAUCACAUGCAGUUAAAGAAAUUAAUAUUAUUCUUUUUUUUAUUUAUGCCGUGUAUAGUUAUUUCAAACCCAGAAAAAAUGUAAUCGUUUUACUGGAAGUAAUAUAAGCAGACUUAGAUUUCACUUAUAAAUUAAUUUUUUAAAGUAAAAAUUCCCAGAUAUAGGGGUUUUUGUCUUCCUUUAUUGUAUAUGCAAUAUGAAUUUGAGUACUAAACCUGACCUAGCUUGUCUCCAGUUUAUUCAGUAUGAGAUAUUUAAAUGGUUUUAAUAGUCUGGCAAGACACUUCAUAGAGUGUGGGAGUACUUUAAUGAGAGAGUGGGUGAAGAGAGCUAAAGCAAGGGCAGCAUGACAUUAAGCAGCAGUCCUCAUAGGGGCACAGUUUAAAUUGGCUCUCAGUUUUUCAAUUUGCUCAAUGCACCCUCUUUUCCAAACAUUCUUUUGAGCCCCAGCAGGUCAAUUGGCAAUAUGACAA